CCGGCGGCGGCGGCGGCGGCUGCGGCCUGACUGAGUCUCCGCGGCUCGUGAUUGGCUGGCGGGCCGGCCGGGGCGCUGGGGAGGCCUCUCGCGCCACUUUCAGGCGCUUUGCCGCGCGGGACGCCGGGCGACGUCAUGGCCGAGAGCGGGGUCGGCCGCGCGGAUAUGUCUGAUUCCGGAAGUUUUGCAGCAUCACGUUCUCGGCGUGAGAAAAAAUCUAAAAAAGGGCACCAGGAAGCUCUUGAACGUUUGAAAAAAGCCAAAGCUGGUGAAAAAUUGAAAUAUGAAGUUGAAGAGUUCACAGGUGUUUAUGAUGAAGUUGAUGAGGAACAAUACUCCAAGAUGGUCAGGGACCGGCAGGAUGAUGACUGGAUCAUUGAUGAUGAUGGCAUAGGUUAUGUAGAAGAUGGAAGGGAGAUAUUUGAUGAAGAUCUAGAAGAUGAUGCUCUUCUUCCUAGCAAGAAAGGAAAAGGUGACAAAACAAAUGACAAAAAGAAUGUGAAGAAAUCUGUGGUAACAAAGCCAAACACUAUCAAGUCUAUGUUUAUAGCCAGCGCGGGGAAGAAAAACACAGAUAAAGCUGUAGACCUGUCCAAGGAUGAUUUGCUUGGGGAUAUCUUGCAAGAUUUAAAUGCUGAGGUAACUCCUCCACCAGUUGUAAUGAUGAAAAAGAAGAGACCAGCAGGAACUUCACUGAAUCCUUUCUCUGUACAAUCACAAGUCCCAAAGGUAAUGGCCCCUGUUAUGCAAAAAGCUCCCACUCCAGUCAGAAAAGAAGCUGUUUCUCUAACAACAUCCUGCCCUAAACAAGUCAAUUUUGCAGCAAGGUCUGUUGCAAACAGUAAAAAAAAUGGUACUGCUGACUAUACAGUAAAAGCUGAAGAAAAGGCUCUUGAAGGAAGGCUCUUGAAGGUGAAAGAAGAGAAAGCUGUUGAAGAAGAGGAUCAGGGCAUGAUGGACUUUGAUGAUGGAGAUUUUGAUGAACCUAUGGAAGCUGGGGAAAUGGACACUGCACCUGAGACUGUCAGGGCCCUGAAGAAAGAUCAGGAAGUAGAAAAAAAAGAGAGACAGCAAGGGAAUUCUGUGAAGGAAGAACCUGUUGGACAUUCUUCUCUCCCAGAUAUUUCUUGUUGGGACAGAAUGGGUGAGGAAGAAGUUGAUUUAGUGGCUUCAGAAGUCCAGGUGGAUCCAAAUGUCUUCCCACUAGUGAAUGGGGAAGAUGGUGAUCAAGUCUUCAGGUUUUAUUGGCUGGAUGCUUAUGAAGAUCAGUAUAAUCAACCAGGCGUAGUAUUUCUGUUUGGUAAGGUUUGGAUUGAAUCAGCCAAGGCCUAUGUCAGCUGUUGUGUGACAGUUAAAAACAUUGAGAGAACUGUUUAUCUAUUGCCACGAAAGAUGGAAAUGAACCUAUCUUCUGGUCAAGAGACAGAGAAUCCUGUAACAAUAAUGAGUGUCUACAAAGAGUUUAAUGACCAGAUUUCCGUAAAAUACAAAAUAAUGAAGUUCAAGUCCAAGAAAGUUGAAAAGCAUUAUGCCUUUGAGAUCCCAGAUGUUCCAGCAAAGUCUGACUAUCUAGAAGUUAGGUACUCGGCUGAAUUUUCCCGGCUUCCUCAGGAUCUGAAAGGAGAGACAUUUUCUCAUGUUUUUGGAACAAAUACUUCUAGCCUGGAGCUUCUGUUGAUGAGCAGGAAGAUCAAAGGACCGUGUUGGCUGGAAAUAAAAAAUCCACAGCCCUCGAGUCAGUCAGUCAGUUGGUGUAAAAUGGAGGCAGUGGCACUGAAACCUGACCUGGUGAAUGUGGUUAAAGAUCUGCCGCCUCCCCCUCUUGUGGUGAUUUCUCUCAGCAUAAGAACAAUUCCAAAUCCGAAGACUCAUCAGAAUGAGGUUAUGGCUAUUGCAGCUCUAGUCCAUCAGAAUUUUUGUUUGGAUAAAGCUCCACCUCAGCCUCCUUUUCAGACACACUUCUGUGUUAUUUCCAAACCAAAUGAUUGUAUCUUUCCUUAUGACUUCAAAGAUGUCAUUAAAACCAAGAAUGCUAAAAUAGAAAUUGCUGCGACAGAGAGAACAUUGCUGGGUUUUUUCCUUGCAAAGAUUCACAAAAUUGACCCAGAUGUUGUUGUGGGUCAUAAUAUUUAUGGCUUUGAUCUGGAAGUGCUCCUGCAGAGAAUUAAUGCGUGCAAAGUCCCUCACUGGUCCAAGAUAGGUCGACUGAGGAGGUCCAACAUGCCAAAGCUUGGGGGUCGAGGUGGCUUUGCUGAAAGGAAUGCUGCCUGUGGUCGAAUGAUCUGUGACGUGGAAAUUUCAGCAAAGGAAUUGAUUCGUUGCAAGAGCUACCAUUUGUCUGAACUGGUCCAUCAGAUUCUGAAAACAGAGAGGAUAACCAUUCCACCAGAAGAGAUACGAAACAUGUACAGUAAUUCUCCCCACUUAAUGUGUAUGCUGGAAAACAGCUGGACAGAUGCCAAGUUCAUUCUUCAGAUCAUGUGUGAGCUGAAUGUUCUUCCUUUAGCCUUGCAGAUCACAAAUAUCUCUGGGAAUAUCAUGUCAAGGACAAUGAUGGGUGGGCGAUCUGAACGUAAUGAGUACUUGCUUCUUCAUGCAUUUUAUGAGAGAGACUAUAUUGUGCCAGACAAGCAAGUUUUUAAAAAGCCUCAGCAGAAGCUGGUAGAUGAAGAUGAAGACUUUGAAGAUCAGACUAAAUCUAAGACAGGGAGAAAGAAGGCAGCAUAUGCUGGGGGUUUAGUCUUGGAUCCAAAAGUUGGAUUUUAUGACAAAUUUAUUUUGCUUCUGGAUUUCAACAGCUUGUACCCUUCAAUUAUCCAGGAGUUUAAUAUUUGCUUUACCACAGUACAGAGAGUGUCAUCAGAUGUGCAGAAAAGAACAGAGGAAGGAGAAGAAGAAGAAAUUCCAGAGUUACCAGACUCAUCGCUAGAAAUGGGAAUUUUGCCGAAAGAGAUCAGGAAACUGGUAGAGAGGAGGCGACAAGUGAAGCAACUGAUGAAACAACCACAUUUAAAUCCUGACCUCUAUUUACAGUAUGAUAUCAGGCAGAAGGCUUUGAAGCUUACAGCUAACAGCAUGUAUGGUUGUCUAGGAUUUUCCUACAGCAGAUUCUAUGCCAAGCCUUUAGCUGCUUUGGUGACACACAAAGGGAGAGAGAUUUUGAUGCAUACCAAGGAGAUGGUGCAGAAGAUGAACCUUGAAGUGAUUUAUGGAGAUACGGAUUCCAUUAUGAUAAAUACAAAUAGCACCAACCUGGAGGAGGUAUUCAAGCUGGGAAACAAGAUCAAAAGUGAAGUAAACAAGCUGUAUAAGUUGUUGGAGAUUGAUAUUGAUGGAGUCUUCAAGUCCUUGUUACUGCUGAAGAAGAAGAAGUAUGCAGCUCUAACUGUGGAACCAACAGGAGAUGGGAAAUACGUUACCAAGCAGGAAUUGAAAGGAUUGGAUAUAGUCCGAAGAGACUGGUGUGAUCUUGCAAAAGAAUCUGGAAACUAUGUAAUUGGUCAGAUUCUUUCCGACCAGACUCGAGACAUAAUUGUGGAAAACAUUCAAAGAAGGCUAAUAGACAUAGGAGAAAAUGUGACAAAUGGCAGAGUCCCAAUAAGCCAAUUUGAAAUCAACAAGGCAUUGACAAAAGAUCCUCAAGAUUAUCCUGACAAAAAAAGCUUGCCACAUGUGCAUGUUGCCAUGUGGAUAAACUCUCAGGGAGGCCGAAAGGUGAAAUCAGGCGAUACAGUGUCAUAUGUCAUCUGUCAGGAUGGAUCAAAUCUGAGUGCCAGCCAGAGAGCAUAUGCUCCAGAACAGCUGCAGAAACAAGAAAAUCUUACUAUUGAUACUCAAUACUACCUUUCGCAACAAAUACACCCAGUAGUGGCUCGAAUUUGCGAGCCCAUAGAUGGAAUUGAUUCUGUUCUCAUUGCAACAUGGUUAGGACUGGAUCCUUCCCAAUUCAAAGUCCAUCAUCAUUAUCAUAAAGAUGAAGAGAACGAUGCUUUUCUUGGUGGCUUAGCACAGCUCACUGAUGAAGAGAAAUACAGGGACUGUGAAAGAUUCAAGUUUCCCUGCCCAAAGUGUGGAACAGAGAACAUUUAUGACAAUGUCUUUGAUGGUUCGGGACAGUUUCUUGAACCCAGCUUGCAACAAUGCAGUAAGAAAGAAUGUAAUGAGCUCCCUUUCUGCCAUGUUACGCAAAUGAACAACAAAUUACUUUUGGAUAUUAGAUGUUACCUAAAAAAAUAUUAUAACGGGUGGUUAAUAUGUGAGGAUCCAGCUUGCCAAAAUCGCACGCGUCGCCUUCCCCUCAGCUUCUCUCGGAAUGGACCAUUGUGCCAGGCCUGUCGGAAGGCAGUCCUCCGGCCAGAAUAUUCUGACAAGGCCCUGUACAACCAGCUGUGCUUUUACCGGUACAUUUUUGAUGUGGAGUAUGCAAUGGAUAAAGUUAUUACUGAGGAAGAGAAAGGGCUGUCAAACUCCUCUGGCUCCGUGGGCCAGACGAGUGGUGCAGGACCAGCCCAUGAGCUCAGUGAAUGGUGUGGAGCCGAGACCAGGCCCACAGACCGCACCACCACCUUUUUCCUGCAUGAUGGAUCCAGGACUGUACUGCCUGUAGGGCUGGUCCAGGACCAGCACGACAUGGGCAUCUGCUCCAGGGACCUGGCAGGAAGAAGUCCAGCAUCCUGGGUACUGCCAUGGGAAUAGGCCAUGGUACUGGGCUUGUUUUCAUGGUGUUGCUGGGGUUCCAGCAUUGUGUCUGUUGCCUAGGCACAUGACUGCCACAGGAAAGUUGCCCAUCACAGCCAGGGUCAGGAAAAUGUCUGUGGGCUGGAUGACCAGGCUGCAGGCCAUGUUUGACACCCCUGAAUUAAAUGAUGUUUAAAACAUUUUGUGGCAUAUAAAACCAAAACUGAAUAUUCCAAACAGAGAUUAUUUUUAUUAAACUUGUACAUUGUAUUUCAAGUUAUUCUCACUGCCCUAAUGUUUGCAGGAGUGGCUAAGACUAAUAUACUAAUAUCUUCUUUAAAAAAGUACAGUUAGAUUCAUUUUUAUAUUAGGGAAGACAACCCUAGAUAAGCAUUUGGGGAAAAUUAGCUACUCAUAAUGUUCAUGUAUUCCAGAUAGGUAUGGUUCUAGCUUCCAUCGGUUGUGUUUUCUGAUCUGUUGGACACCUUCUAUGGCAUUCUUUCCUUAUGAAAAGUUAAUUUUUUACCGUUGGGUAACUGUAUUAACCUUUUGCUUACAGAAAGUGACAGCUGACAGUGGCCUUGCUGACUGAACAGAAUGGUUGAAAAGUAGGAGCCAGGCUCACAGGGCAUUUUAAAUCUGUCUUUUAUUCCCUAUUGAGCACAUGGCCGCCUGAUUCAUUAGCUCUCUGUGGGCCGUCAUGUUGCUUUCUAAUCUAAAUUUUUAUUUAAUCAGUGGCACUAGGAAUUUGACUGGCUGUGCUACUAUUUAAAUAAAAUGUAUAUGAAAAUGACUUAUGUACUUGUGGGGAGUUGAAUCUGGCAGUUGAAGCAGAAAAAGAGAGUUGAAGAUUAUAGCCCCCACAAAGUAUGUGGAUCUUUGCACUCUACAAUUGGCCAACAUCUAUGCUGCAUUAAUAGAAGCAUUAGGUGCAAGAUACACAUGAGAGGUGAUAGUGCCUCUCUACUCAGCACUAGUUAGGCCUCAUCUGGAGUACUGUGUGCAGUUCUGGGCUCCACAUUUUAAAAAGGAUGAGGAGAAGUUAGAUAGGGUCCCAGAGGCAGGCAACAAAGAUGAUCAAGGGCUUGGAAGGUAAGUCAUAUGAGUAAAAGCUGAAGGAGUUAGGCAUGUUUUGCUUGUAGAAAAGGUGCUUAAGAGGGGACAUAAUAACAGUCCUAAAAUACUUGAAGGGCUGCCACAAAGAAAAGGUAAAGCACCUUUUCCCUUGCUGCAGAGGAAGAUGUGGACCAUUGGCUUGAAUUGGGUAUCUGGAAAACCUUUCACUGUUAGAACAGUGAGGCAGUGGAAUAGACUGCCUAGGGAAGCUGUGGACUCUCCAUUACUGAAAGUGUUCAAGAAGAGGUUGGGCAUCCACUGGUCGGAGAUAAUCUGGGUAUAUCUAUGCCUAUGUUCUACUCUGGGUAUUUCCCAUGCUUCUGGGUGGGCUUUGCUGUUUGUCCCCAUCUCCACCCCUCUUUUCUGCUAGAUGUGUCAGGAUGUUUUUAAGCCUUCCUCAGAGGCAUUGCAUCUUGGCUACAGCCAAGGCUGGGGACUAAAAGGGAGAGAACAGAGCUCACUCUUUUCAUUAAAAGGACCAGAUACACAUCAUUAUUAAUUAUUAUAUUUCUAUAAAAGGUAAUUAAUUAUUAAUUAGCCUACAAGCUAGAGUUGUCAAUGCAAAUGUAACACGGGGUAAGAGAAUUCCUGCAGUGAGGAGCAAUACAAUGCAAGAUCAACUGCAGAUGGGAAGAAAAAAUGUCAUGUAGCCCAUUUUUACAGAUAGAUUAGGUGAUUUGACCAUGGUCACACCAUGAUGAGGGUGGAAAUUGAACUCAGAUCCUCUGAAACAGGUUCACUAUUGUAACAACUGCAAAACCAUCCUUGUUUUCUAGAAACCCCAUGAUAUUCCCAUUAUGCUACUCUGGUGCUGCAAAUGGAAUAGAAACUGCCAGCAUCCUCACAGGCAGACAUCUCCCAGUGUCCUGUGAAUUUGCAGCAGAGGAAUUCAUCAAAUUUUGAUUCAUACCAAGGAUUAUGAAAUCAUCUUCUUAGUCAAGUCCCACUAACAGUGUUUCUUUUCUUCAUAUUUGUUCUGUGGUUCAGUUCACUCCUUGACUUGGAUCUCUUUUGUGAGUUCGUGCCUAUUAGAAUCUGUUUUUCAGCUAAACGUUUCCCCACAGGAUCUUUUUAAAGGGGGACUAUGUCCCGAAUAUUGACAUGUUUUUAGACCGUAUCUGCUUAUUCAGAAACUGAACUAUUGCUCAUCUUGUUCAGCCUUUCUUCAGGUCAACAUGCAUCAUUGUAAAAACACAAUAGAAUUAAAUGCAUUAUGUUCCAAAGGGUAAUUGAUUAAAUAGAAUAUGAAAUAUCUUUGUAUAAGUGGGCAAUUGAGGAGAAAGUUGCAAAAUUAUUAAUAAGUUUAUCUCUUGUAAAAGUCACUCUUUACCUUAUUUUUUGGCUUAAUUAAUGUUAGACCAAAAGGAAAAAUCAAGUGGUUUGUGAACAAACAUUUGUGAUGAUUUUGAAACUGUGUGUAUACAAUUUCUAUAAAAGAAUUCAUUGAAGAAACCAGGGUUGUAAGACCGGUUACAUAUCAUGGGAAAAUUAAAGUCUUUUUGAUUCUG